AUGACAGGAGAUCACAACCAUAAUUUAGCGGAUGACACAAGCAAGAGACCAGCGAAUGGACAACAGUAUAAACAACUAUACGCCUCUUCAACUCCGACUGUUAAUAAAACGGGGAAUACAAAUGCUAUAAGCAACAAUGGAGGAGCCAGCAAUAAUGUUACGCCACAUGGAGGCAUGGGGAACGACAUGAGCCACGUUAAUCAGCAGAAUAAUCUAUCGAGAAAAGUAUCGCGACACGCCUACCGAGACACAACUACCAAGGGUAAAUACACUUUGAAUGAUUUCCAAAUCUUACGGACGUUGGGAACGGGCUCGUUUGGCCGUGUCCACUUGACGCGGUCGAUACACAACGGUCGAUUCUAUGCCAUGAAGGUGUUGAAAAAGGAGCGAGUGGUGAACAUGAAGCAAGUGGAACACACAAAUGAUGAGCGCAGAAUGCUAAAAUUGGCUCAGCAUCCGUUCAUAAUUCGAAUGUGGGGCACAUUCCAUGACUGCCACAACUUGUUCAUGAUCAUGGACUAUAUAGAAGGUGGCGAGUUGUUUUCGCUAUUGAGAAAAUCACAAAGGUUCCCCACCCCGGUGGCGAAGUUUUACGCCGCAGAGGCUUUUCUAGCAAUAGAGUAUUUGCACAAUUUGGACAUCAUUUACCGUGAUUUGAAACCGGAGAACAUUUUGUUGGAUAAAAACGGUCACAUCAAACUAACCGAUUUUGGUUUCGCCAAGGAAGUUGCCGACGUCACGUACACGUUGUGUGGCACUCCCGACUACAUUGCACCCGAGGUGGUCGCCACUAAGCCCUACAACAAGUCAGUCGACUGGUGGUCAUUCGGGAUACUAAUUUUUGAGAUGUUGACGGGGUACACCCCUUUUUACGACCCGACCCCCAUGAAAACCUACGAGAACAUUUUGAACGGAACAAUAACCUAUCCCGAUUACUUACCCCCGGACAUUUUGGAUCUUUUGCAGAAACUAAUUGUCAAGGAUUUGACGCAGCGAUUGGGGAAUUUACAGGGAGGAUCGAGCGAUGUGAAAAACCAUCCGUGGUUCAAGGAAGUGAUAUGGGAGAGACUUCUAUCUCGAGAUAUCGAGACUCCAUACGAGCCACCAAUAACAUCGGGAGUGGGGGACACUUCUCAAUUUGAUAGAUAUCCUGAGGACAAGGAUUUGGACUACGGUAUAACUGGAGUGGACGAUCCAUACCAGCGCUUGUUUCAAGACUUUUAG